AUGUGUGCAGCUGUGAAGCGGACCAGCUGCACUCCUCUGGCACCACCCUGGUGGACGGGGACGGCCUACCGUGCUGAGGGAGAAGCCCUGCACUUCCUCCACUUACCUGCCACCACCAGCAUCGCAGAGAACUCGCCUCCAAAGACUUCAAUACACAAGUUUGCUGUGAAUCUGUCUGCAUCCCUGGCACCUGUCUUGCCAAGGUUUCCCCUGAUAAUCAACUCCAGCCCCCUGACUGAGGCUUUUAAGGUGAACACUCUGUCAGGAACUGACUUCGAGGUUGUCACUACCGGGAAGGAACAACUGGAUUUUGAAAUAGGACCAAACAUAUUUGAUUUGCAGAUUUAUGUGAAAGAUGACAUGGGGAUAACUGACCUACAGGUCCUGACUGUCCAGGUGACUGAUGUGAAUGAGCCACCUCAAUUUCCAGGCAGUUUGGCAAAAGGCCUAAAUUUCUACAUAACAGAAGGUGAAAAUCCUGGGUUCAUUUACCAGUUUGAGGCCUUUGAUCCAGAAGAUACCAGCAGAAACAUACCUCUCAGUUAUUUCCUGGUUUCUCCUAUAAACAGUUUUAACCUGUCUGCAAAUGGGACCCUCUUCUCCACCACAAAAUUUGACUUUGAAGCAGGAUUCAACAGUUACCAUCUCACUGUGGAAGUGAGGGACAGCCAUGGGUUGAGAGCAUCCACAGACCUCCUUGUGACCAUUGUGAACAUCAAUGAUGAGCGCCCAUACUUUACCAGCCCAAAGCGAGUGUAUAAGAUUCCUGAGGAGCUGAGUGUGGGAACCAUAGUGGCCAAUAUCACUGCAGAGGACCCUGAUGAUAAAAGCUUUGCCUACUUUCUCCUCUACAGCAUCACAACUGUUAACAGCUAUUUCAGGAUCAACCAGUUGACUGGCACCAUCCAAGUGGCAGGCAGGCUGGACCGAGAGGCCAGUGGAUUGAGACAAAAUCCGACCAUCUCUCUGGAAGUGCUGGUGAAGGACCGACCUUCUGGGGGUCAGGAGAAUCGCAUGCAAAUCAGCUUUAUUGUGGAAGACAUCAAUGACCACCCUGCCACCUGUUCCCAAUACUCUUUCAGUGUGCUGGUACCUGAGAACACAGCCAAGGGGAAGCUCGUUCUGGACCUGCGCAAGUUCUGCUUUGAUGAAGACCUCGAGGUGCCCAACAACAAAUUCAACUUUACAGAACCAUCUGGAGUGGGGAGCAGCGGCCGAUUUUCACAGGAUCCAGCUGGCUCUGGGAAAAUUAUGUUGAUUGGUGAUCUCGAUUAUGAAAAUGCAAGUAAUCUAGCAGCUGGCAAUCAAUAUACAAUAAUAAUCCAGGUGCAAGAUAUUGCUCCUCCUUACUACAGAAAUAACAUCUAUAUUUAUAUCAUAACAAGCCCCCAAAAUGAGUUCCCUCUCGUUUUUGAGAGCCCAACCUACCUAUUUGAAGUGUCUGAAUUAAAUCCAGCCAGGACACAUAUUGGCCAAGUACAAGCGAUGGAUAAAGACUUCCCUCAGAGCCAAGUUUGGUAUUCUAUUGCCACCGGAGGAGCUGAUCUCCAGUACCCUAGUGUCUUUUGGAUUAAUCCUCAAACAGGAGAACUACAGCUGGUGACGCCAGUAGACUAUGAAACAAUUCCGGUCUAUGUUCUCAAAAUCCAGGCUACCAACGGCGAGGACAAGAGCUUGGUCACUGUGACUGUCAAUGUCCUGGAAAAAAAUGAUGAAAAGCCAAUUUGUACUCCACACACCUCCUUCAUGGCCAUCCCUGUGGACUUAAAAGUUGGCACAAAUAUUCAGAAUUUCAAGCUGACAUGUACUGACCUGGACUCUAGUCCCAGUUCUUUUCGUUAUACAAUUGGCCCAGGCAACAUCAACAGCCAUUUUACUUUCUCUCCAAAUGCUGGAUCCAAUGUUUCACACUUGCUGCUAGCAACUCGAUUUGACUAUAUUGAUGGACUGGAUAAGAUCUGGGACUACAAACUACUUGUCUACAUAACAGAUGACAACAUGCUGUCUGGAAGGAAGAAAGCUGAGGCUCUUGUUGAAACAGGGACAGUGACAUUGAAUAUUAGGGUCAUUCCUCACCCAACCACAAUUGUCACCACAACCCCCAAGCCCAGGAUCACAUACCAGGUCCUGCGGGAAAACAUAUAUUCCUCAUCAGCGUGGUAUGUGCCAUUCAUUGUCACACUGGGUUCCAUGUUGCUUCUCAGUCUCCUGGGGUACAUGACUGUUGUGUUGGCUAAAGCCAUCUGCAGAUACUGCAAGACCAGGAAGCACACGAAGACUUUAGUGAAGAAAGGAGUAAUCAAGAAUACAAAAAGGGAGGUUGUGGUGGAAACAAUCCAGAUGAACACCAUCUUCGAUGGCGAAGCCAUCGAUCCAGUGACUGGAGCAGUGUAUGAAUUCAAUUCCCAAACUGGAGCCAGAAAGUGGAAAGAACCAUCAUCGCAAAUGGCUGGAUGGAAGGAGUCCAGCACCUAA